AGUGACUUGUCCAAGGUCACAGAGUUUAGGAGAAUGGAUUAAAACUCAAGUUUUCUGAUUUCCAGUCAAGUAGCCCUUAAAAUGGGUUAUUUCUCACAGGCUACUCAAACUGCAUUGCUUAACUGUAUUCAGUGGCCCCAAAAUACUUUCAAUUAAGAGAUUUCUAGCAAAGGAAACCUUUUCACAUUGGUGGGGUUGAAUGGGACAUGGCUAAUUGGCAAAAUUCUGCAUAUUAGUGGGACUUUUUGAGUGUUUUGUUUUAAUAUGCCCCUUACUCUCCUUGCAAACUAGCCAGACCAUUGUGAUUUCAGAAUGUAAAUCCUGGGCUUAUUAAAUUUUGGCAAGUAGAACAAAAAUCCCUUAAAUUCAUCUUUUGCUUUUCUUCCCACUUGUUCAAGUAUUUCUAUAUUCGUUGUGCCUGCAAGCAUCCGAUGUAGGAAGGAUUGAUGGAGAAGAUAUUAUUUCAUUUUUUAUGGUGAGAAAUAAACCCAGGAAGGGUAAAGAUUACACCACAAGUACAUGGUAGAGCCAAGAGCUGAGCCCUGGUUUCUUGACCCCCAGCUUCUGCAUGUUUUCUGCCAGAUGAUUCUGUGGUCCCCACACCUUGGUUCCUAACUACAGAUGCAAAAAGAAUAGAUGUGUAGAUGGAUAGUUAGAUAGAUGGAUACAUGGGCAUACCUCAGACCAAAUAAAUCAGAACCUCUGAAAAUAAGGCCAGGUUUGGGAACCACUGCUGCACCCUGUGUUGGCAGAAGCGAACCUAAAUCCAGGACAGUCCCUUGGUAAUGUCCAGGGCUCCAGGAAGAGAUGUCUUUGUGGCUGGAGGCCCCUGUGCCUGAUGUUUCUCCUGAGCUUCGUCCACAAAAGCGGAAAAAGGGGCCAGCCCCCAAAAUGCUGGGGAAUGAGCUGUGCAGUGUGUGUGGAGACAAGGCUUCUGGCUUCCACUACAACGUGCUGAGCUGCGAGGGCUGCAAGGGAUUCUUCCGCCGCAGUGUCAUCAAAGGGGCGCGCUACGUCUGCCACAGUGGGGGCCACUGCCCCAUGGACACCUACAUGCGUCGCAAGUGCCAGGAGUGCCGCCUUCGCAAAUGCCGCCAGGCCGGCAUGCGGGAGGAGUGUGUUCUGUCAGAAGAACAGAUCCGUCUGAAGAAACUGAAGCGGCAAGAGGAGGAACAGGCUCAGGCCACAUCCGUGCCCCCGAGGGCUUCCUCUCCGCCCCAAGUCCUGCCCCAGCUCAGCCCGGAGCAGCUGGGCAUGAUUGAGAAGCUGGUGGCUGCCCAGCAGCAGUGUAACAGACGUUCCUUCUCGGACCGGCUUCGAGUCACGCCCUGGCCCAUGGCACCAGAUCCGCAGAGUCGGGAGGCCCGUCAGCAACGCUUUGCCCACUUCACGGAGCUGGCCAUUGUCUCUGUGCAGGAGAUCGUUGAUUUUGCCAAACAGCUGCCGGGCUUCCUGCAGCUCAGCCGGGAGGACCAGAUUGCCCUCCUGAAGACCUCUGCAAUUGAGGUCAUGCUUCUGGAGACAUCUCGGAGGUACAACCCUGGAAGUGAGAGUAUCACCUUCCUCAAGGAUUUCAGUUAUAACCGGGACGACUUUGCCAAAGCAGGGCUGCAGGUGGAGUUCAUCAACCCCAUCUUUGAGUUCUCCAGAGCCAUGAAUGAGCUGCAACUAAAUGAUGCUGAGUUUGCCUUGCUCAUUGCCAUCAGCAUCUUCUCUGCAGACCGGCCCAACGUGCAGGACCAGCUCCAGGUAGAGAGGCUGCAACACACAUAUGUGGAGGCCCUGCAUGCCUACGUCUCCAUCCACCACCCCCAUGACCGGCUGAUGUUCCCACGGAUGCUAAUGAAACUGGUGAACCUCCGGACACUGAGCAGCGUCCAUUCAGAGCAAGUGUUUGCACUGCGCCUGCAGGAUAAAAAGCUUCCCCCGCUGCUCUCUGAGAUCUGGGAUGUGCACGAGUGACUGAUCUUCC